AUGCCCUCGCCUCAAAAUGUUCGCAAGCUGGUGCUGACGGCGGCCGUUACCUCUAUUACCAUCGCAGGUUCUCUGUAUGGGGCAAGUGUAAAGACAGAUCAAGAGGUGUCCGAGGCCAAACGGAAACGCCAGGAAGCCACAUUCGACGAGCAGAUGGCAGCUCUGCAAAACAUGCGGUCCAAUCUCACAGCCCGGAAAGGAAUGAUGGAGACACAGAUACGAGACUUGGAUGCGAGGAUGCAGGAGAAGCAACAAAAAGGAAUUGGUGGCGAGAACAAAAACAGGCCACACGAGGGCCGAUGA